AUGACCGGACAGUGUAAAAAAAGCAGUUGUCAACGUCCGGGUUGUCUUUAUCCUGUUGAAAGCGGCAUGCAGUGCGACGAGUGCAAAGGCUGGUACCAUGAAGUUUGCACGAACUUAACGCCUGCUGCUUUCAAACGGUUCAGUAAGAAGGGUUGUGUGUGGCUUUGUCAACAGUGCUGCUCGGAUGCAAACAGCUUGCUAACCGAGGCCAUCUCACUGGUUGAUGCUGCGAAGAAGUGUUUUAGCAAGCAUAGUCGGAAGGCGUCAAACAGCACUCGAUCUGUUGACACGCAAAUCAACGUGAAGGAAACUAAGGUUAGUCCGAUGAUAAAUGACUCACGCCCGUCAAAGAAGGAAAAGCAGUCUCCAAUGGGGCCUGCCUUAAACAAAAGUUCAAGAAACGUAGGGUCUUCUGUUCUCGUCUCCCAGAUGGGAUCCAACAGGAAACACCUAGGAGCCGCAAUCGCAAGGCUCGAUCGGUUUCAAGCGGUGAAAAUAACCCGACCUUUCAGGUCGUCGACAACCCCCCAAAUUCCAACACUAGGUUUGACGCAACUGUUAUUGCUUUUACCAGCACCGUUGACGAAUGGGUACAGGUUGUAA